AUGGAAGAUUCUGAUUCAAGCGAUUUUUAUGAGGCAGAGCCCCAGGAAUUCGAAGACGAAGUCGAAGUCGAAGUCGAGCAGUCUUUUCUAGAUUUAGAACCCAUCAGUGAAGCUGAACAAUCUUCGUUUUGCGUUGAACCGGCAUUUAGAUAACGGCGAAAUUUGUCAUUUACUUCGUCGAUAUAUAUGAACGAUUUCAGAAGCCAAUUAGUUGAUCGGUAUUCUCUAUUCUUUUACCGACCAAAGGGUAGCCGUGAUUGCAGAACUUAAUGGCAUUGUUUGUAUUCACCCUAUACCGACCAAAGAGUAGCCGUGAAGUAAAUGAGAUAAUGGCUACGUUUGGAUCGGACAUAUAUACCGACGACAAGGUAGCCACAAAACCUAUAUCAUUACUGGCUACUUUUGAAUUGGUUAUUUAUCAAUGGUAGCCAAUGAUCGAAAACUUAAUGGCUACUUCUGGAGAGGUUAAUAUGUAAUGGAUCCAAAGGUAGCCAGUAAUUAAAUACUUGACGGCGACUUUUGGAUAGGUUUGUAAAUGGCUGUCAAGGUAGCCAGUUGUCAAAUAUUCAACGGCUACCUUUGCGCUAUGAAUAACAAUCAGUCCCAAGGAAGCCAGUAAUUAAAAACUUGACGGCCACUUUUGGAUGGGUUCAUAGUUAAUGGAUGUAAAGGUAGCCAGUUGUCAAAUACUCAACGGCUACUUUUGGGCUACGUACAACAAUCGGUCCUAAGGUAGCCAGUAAUUAAAUACUUGACGGCGACUUUUGGGAUAGGUUUACAGGUAAUGGCUGUAAAGGUAGCCAGUUGUCAAAUAUUUAACGGCUAAUUUUGGGCUAUAAACAAAGAUCGGUCCUAAGGUAGCCAGUGGUUAAAUACUUCACGGCGACUUUUGGAUUGGUUUAUAGCAAAUGGCUGUAAAGGUAGCCAGUAGUUAAAUACUUAACGGCUACUUUUGGAACUGUGUAUAUUGAAUUGGUCUUAAGGUAGCCAGUAGUUAAAUUUUGGUUUGAUUUAUUAGUAAAUAACUGUAAAGGUAGCCAGUAGUUAAAUACUCAAUAACUACUUUUGGAUCGGUUAAUCAACUCAAGUGAACAGGAUGAAGCAAACGACUAUUGUGAUAACUUCUCCUAAUGAUUAUGGUAAAAUCACAUUCCUGUACUGGAGACAGCCACACCGCAAUACACCUUUAGGAUAUCACUAUAAUGGUACGUUAAAAAAUGAACAAUGUUUAAUUUUUCAGCGGACCAGCUUGAGGUAGCCACAAGAGAUAUUUGGAUUUAAAGACGGGGACGACAACGAGAUUUUCUCAAUACUAAGUAGUGCUCGCUCGUGAGACAGCUUUAUUUUAUUACCCGUGGAAAAAAAUUACAGAGAAGCUUCCAGGGGUGUCUAUUUUUUGAGGAUUUCGAAUUUUUUGCAUUGUACUUUACAGCAUGAGCAUCAGCAAGAGCAGGAGUUUAUAUUCCAUAUAAGAUUGAAGAGCGAAAAAUUGUCUGCACUGAAUCUCGUUUCACAAACUAAACAAUUAUUAGGGCACAUGGUGGAAAAUUCGAUCAGAUGAAGAUACCUCACCCUCCCAGGGAUGGGACCGCUCUGGUAGCGUAAACUCUAUCAUAACCAUACCCAUGCUGUACACAUCACUGGGAAAAUUUCUUUUGGCGCCAAGUUCGAUUAACUCUGGUGCUGUAUACGGCGCUGUUCCAACUUGGUUUCUUUCACUCGAACUUCCAGUUGAUACAAAACUGCUGUAUUGGGUCUGCGAAAACUGACCGAAAUCAAAAUUUGCUUGCCCAAAAUCGCCAAAUUUUACGACAUAUUCACAUAUUCACUAGCUUUGCCACCCCCUAUGAAAAUGUUCGCUGCUUUGACAUCGCAGUGAACAAUUCCGUUUUCGUGAAGGCACUGCAGGCCAGAACAGGCUUUCUGAACGAUAUCCAACCGAUGUGUCCAUGGUAAAUCUCCUUCUAAGGUGUCCAGUAGUUGCCGUGCAUUGUGGACGUACUCAAUUUCUCCACCUCCAAGCCGUACUUCUUUACACAAGAACUCGGUGACGAGCAUUGACCUUUCAAAAUCCCAGCCAAAGUGCUGCAAAACAUUGGAGUGUUUCAGCUUUACUAAGCACUUGACUUCCUUUUCUAUCCGGCGUUUAUAUUUGUAAGUCAUUUUUACCAAGUAUUCUUUGCAAGCAACAUCUAGACUAACGCUAUUCCUUUUCAGAGAACCUUUGAACAUUCUGCAAGUAGCCCCAGAAUCAAAGGGGUUUUUAUCCAAAACUAGGUCUGCGCUGGCAAUGUAUACAUUUUCUGUUUCCCCUCCAGCGGGAAGCAUAACAUCGCCUUGUUCUGGUUUUGUUCUUCCCUCAUUGAGAUAACAAUGUUUGUAUUCCCAGAGUCCAGACGGCGUCAUACGAGGUCUAAAGGCUCCAGGAAGAUUGGCAUAUUUUGAGUAAAUCAUAUUGCACGUUUUUGGAGAUUUUUUCGAAGCAGAGGCAUAACAAGGUGGAAAUCGUCUAUCCAUCCACUUUGCACAUUUUAUUAGGUCAUCAAAUGUAGAAGCUAAGUCGUCGACACAGUUGAAACCGCAAGGCUUGUUUGGUUUUUGACGCACCUGGAAUGUAAAGGAGAGGAAUACACUGGACAUGUCUUAUUUCCUUUUGCAUAGUACGCUGUUUAUAACUUUAACAAACAUGUUUAAGAAGAGGCUUUAAAACCAAACAAUACAGCGACGUCCGUGAAAUCAUUUCGAUCUGGAUAGCGACAAGUACAUUAUGAAUUAAACAACAAAAACAUCUGUAAACGCUAGCUCUUCUAAAUUCAUCUCAGUAACCUAGCGUGUGGCAGGAAAUUUUUGCGGGAGUUUAUUGUUGCGCGGAUUAAAGAUUUUUUGUGUUUCACGGGAACUAAGUUUGCAUUUAUGACAGAUUGGUAUUUUCUAACAAUAAACCAGUAUUUCGUUGUAUACCGUUUUGUUUCUGACUGAAAGAGACAAGUUGUCAUUGAACAGACACCAUUUCUAAGUACUUUAUUUUUGUGUAGCGAAUUUAAGUUAGAGAAUAUAUACUCUCUAGUAAAUUUUUGCGGGAAAAAUGUUUGCGGUCAUUUUUAUUUGCGGGAACUAAUUUUUGCGGAUUGCUGGAAAAAUCGCAAAAAGUAGAACCCGCAAAAAUUUCGUGCCACACGGUAUUUGAUGUAGCAUUUUACCUUUUCUUAGCGAUUGAUUACGCCGUGCUUGGGAAAUACUUACUUCUGCUUUUAGUGUCGGUAGGGAGCCUUUCUCGAUGAAAUUCUCUUCGAUUCCAUCUUUAUGGUUUACAGCUAAUAACUGUCGAUGUCUUUUACCUUGGACAUGGGUGGAAGUACUCAUUGUCGUUGCCAUCUGCGCUUUGUCAAAAAGAAAAAAAAAGCCAGGCUUUAUAAAUCCAAUACGAAUGCAUGAAUUGAAAUGUCCGGUGAUUCUUUGGGGUUUUUUUUUUUUGUUUCUUACUUCUUUUGGAUUUUCUCUCUCUCCCCUCCCCCCACCCGUUAUUUUUUUUUACUUUUCCUCGACGCAGAGUCAUUGCAGAAUGCAGCGAAACCGAGCGAGCAAAAUUAAGGCUCUGCUAGCAGGGUGACAUUACCAUACCCAACUACAACAGUGCACAACUGAAAAUUCUAUCAAACAAACAAUAACAAUAAGAAUAAUAGUAAUAGGUUUUAAAGUUCUAUGGGAUUUCAAUGUACAGUGUUAUAGGAUGGUUGAAGCCGGCUAGAGGGCCGGACAUCAUUUUCGUUGAUAAGCGGGCAACGGAUACUAAAUUCAUAGACACUGGCAUCCCCGGAGAUGCACGAGUAAAUACAAAGAACUGGACAAAAUAGAGAAGUAGUAAUUUCUUGUAAUUUAAUUACCAGCCUGAGAUUGUAAAGUAUAAUAAUAAUAAUAAUAAUAAUAAUAAUAAUAAUAAUAAUAAUAAUAAUAAUAAUAACAAUAAUAAUAACAAUAAGAAGAAGCUGCAACAAACACGUAAAAUAAAACUUUCCUUUCCUUUCCUAACGUACCUGAACUUGACAAAGCUUACAAUACUUCCACUUUAAACGGUCUUCAAAUUCCUGUUAACAGCAAUAUACCAGUAAUUACAACACUAGACAGGCUUUUUGCAACACGGGUUUCCAUGCUACUUGACUGCGUAAACACUAAAACAGCAAUAGAGAGUAAUUUGAUCGAACGGAUUUGAAGCAUAGAGAGAAACUCUAAGCAGGCUCUGACCAAAAAGAGUCAGUUCUGGUGUAGUCAGGGGUCGAAAGUCGAGGUUAAGAGGAAACAUGUCAAAGGUUAUAACAACGAGAAAAAAAGGAAAAGAAAUAAAAAGAAAAAAAAUUAAUUACGAGGUUAAUAAAUUCGACUUUUUUUCUUCUUUCUCGCGCCGAGAGAACAAACACGUUUGCAGACUACGCCUCGAGUAGUUGCGGAGUAUUUUGCUGAAGUCAAAAAAGCCGGUCACGUCAGUGUUGUUUGUCAAAAAGCACCGUCAUGCUCGUAAUAUCUGAACCAUGUUUUUCCUAGAAUACCAUUGCUUGGUUCUUGAGACUUCAUCGCUCGCUAUCGAUUUCCGAUAUCAAUCGGCGGAUUACGUCGAUUGAUAUCCUAUAUAGAUUUUUAUCAAUUAACUAUGCCUGGGUUACUGCGUAAGUGGUUGUUGUGCAUCCUCUAAGUAAACCUGUGGAGCGGUCAGGUUCCGUAUUUGUCGCGAAAGCGAAGAAAAGGAGAAGGAAGACGUGGAGGUUAACCUUAAGGACUUUUUUGAAACCCGUAUACGAGUAGCACAGUAGAACACGUGUUCUUCGGCCCGCUGAUGCCAUCAACAACAACAUUGAUUGGCACUUCUAACAACAGCAAACAGAACGAACGCUGGUCAUCUGUCUAGACCGAUAAGGCUCAUUGUUCCGGUCUAAGCCUCAGAAAAAUUCUUGCGUUUUGUCAGUAUUAAUUCAGCCACUCAGUUAGGCAAGUAGAUAAACCGUCAGUAAUAUGACAUUGUAUCCUGUCACGUAAUGAGAAAAAGCACACGCCCGGCCGAAUUUUCGAUCGGACUGUUUCGCCCUCUUUUCAGACCACCUAGGAGAAACAAUCAGCAGGCUAGACUGCCCAAAUGAUUUACUCAAAGACUAUAAUCUUUAAAAGUGAAAUCAAACAGCGAACCAAAAAGAGAUUGGUAUGUUAGUUGCCUCUUCAGUAGGGAUCUCUUUUGCGGAAACCUCAUUUCCUACAUGUCACGCAUCUGGCAUACGCGCAGACGUGUUUGUUCUCGUGAGAAUAAAAAAAACCGAAUUAUUUUAUUGCUUUCUUUUUCCUUUUAAUUUGGUGUUUUAAUUAUCAGGAAUGUCACUUUCGACCCUCGUCAUGUUCGACACUUUACCCUCGACCUUCGACUUCUACCCUCACCUCGAUCCUCGACCAAAAUACAAACUUUACGACAACCCUGAACAGUGUUCUGGGUUGUGGCGAACACCAGAAAUGUUUUUGGCAUGUAACAGGAAAAAAGCCAAUCUGCCGAGUGAAAACUACUGAUAACGUACUUGGCAAGUAACAAAUUAUUUUGUGGUUUUGUGCCCUUUUAGCGUCUCCUGACCUUUGCUGUUAUCGGUCGUGCCACAAGCAUUCCCAAAAUAUUUCGAGUGAGUUUUUGGGAAAUAUCAAUUGCUUGAAGCUGUAUUACCCCGUUCAGAGUUACCAAAUUGCUCAUUACAAUUAGCGUUGAUUAGCAUUCCUGUGCUAUUUUGAACACUCAUUAUUAUUAAGUUAUUAUUCGCCAAUUAGCAUUCAGCUUGCUCUCGCAGACGAACUCCUACCACGAGAAAAAAGAUUCUUGUGAUCAUUCCAUUUCACCAAAAUUUUCUAAUUUAGAAGGACAUUUAAAAUAUCAUCACGACUUAAAAAGGGAAGGAGAUUGCCGAGAUUAAAGAAGGGCGGCGAAUGUCAAGGAUGACGGUUUUUUUAAGUAAUUGCCCUGUAACAGUUUCGCGCAGAGCAAGUGUAUACUCCACCUCGUGCGCAGCUCAAUUCUUUGAAGAUUAACAAAAUUACAAGAAGUCUGAAAAAGAUACAUUACUUCUAAAACUUGACGUACAUUCCGCUCUCCGACAAAACUACCGGAAACAUAACAUUAAGUCUUUUGAGGAUGAAACAAAGAGCUCUAUAAACUUGGUAAAAAUGUUCUUUCUGUGGAAUUUUUCGAAAGUAAAUUCGUAAUCCUUCUUUAGGUACUAAUGAUCUGGCUGCCUCGACAAGACCGUACUCAUUUUGUCAAACUUCCACUGAUAUAACUGAUAUAUAUGUGGCGCUGCCAUUGUGUGCUCAUCAUUUGUUUUUUGGCUGGAAUGUUUUGGGCUACUUUCGCCUGUCAAUAGCAGUCUACGAUUAUCCAAAGCAAGCAACCACACUUAAGUCAACCCAUAGAUUGAAAGUUCACGUCCAAAAAAAUGCGCAAUUUGGGGAAAUGGUACAUAGCAGUAACUUACCUCGCUACGAUCCUUGCCGAGGAAAGUAAUACUCUCAAUGGGCGAUGUAUCCAUUGCCUAAUCGUCUAAAAUGAAUUCAGGAUCUCGUUCCUCGCUUCGGACAGGAAAAUAUCUUGCCAAGAAGAGGUUUACUUUAGUGGACGUAGAAGUAUUCCACUCAAGAGCGCUCUUCUCGUUAAUAAGAUCAAAGAUUGAGCACGUGGUGAAAUUUGAUCUCGUUUCUUCGACAGACCAGUGAUCACCUUCCCUGGUGACAUAUGCAAACUUGGGAGAAGAUCCAACUUGAACAUCUUGCUCCCAGACACUACAGUAUAAUGGCCAUAAUGAAAAUUCGACUACAUUUCGAAAUUACGAACGCCGUGACCAAGUACCAUUUACCAUUUACAUACCUAUUGACUUGAUGCGAAAGCGUUGUCAACUAAUAAAUGUAGAUGUAGACCAUAAGCCUGUGACAGACACGUAUCGUUGAAGUCUCACCUACGGCAACCGUAAAAGCAUAAAGCAUGUUUGGUUUCCACAAGGCAACUAGUGUCUCGAAGUGUCGUAGGCUCCCAGGCUAUGGUAAGCUUUUCAGAGAGACAGAGAGUUGUGGCGUGUAACGCAAAUCGGCCUGCCUUAAGGUCCAGUCUGGAUUCUGUCCCUGUCUCUGUCCCUUUAUUGACUUCUUGCUCCCUUAACACCCAUUCACUAGAAAGCCAUCCAAAAGUAGCCGUUAAGUAGUUGACUACCGGCUACCUUCGGACCCGUUCACUGUAAACUUAUGCAAAAGUAGCCUUUAGGUAGUUGACUACUGGCUACCUUAAAACCUAUUAACUAUGAACUGAUCCAAAAGUAGCCGCUAAGUAGUUGACUACUGGCUACCUUAAAACCUAUUGACUACCUUAAAACCUAUUGACUAUGAACUGAUCUAAAAGUAGCCGUUAAGUAGUUAACUACUGGCUACGUUAAAACCUAUUGACUAUGAACUGAUCCAAAAGUAGCCGUUUAGUAGUUAACUACCGGCUACCUUGGUACCCGUUCAGUAUAAACUUAUGCAAAAGUAGCCGUUAAGUAGUUGACUACUGGCUACCUUAAAACCUAUUGACUAUGAACUGAUCCAAAAGUAGCCGUUAAGUAGUUGAGUACAGGCUACCUUAAAACCUAUUGACUAUGAACUGAUCCAAAAGUAGCCGUUUAGUAGUUAACUACUGGCUACCUUAAAACCUAUUGACUAUGAACUGAUCCAAAAGUAGCCGUUUAGUAGUUAACUACCGGCUACCUUGGUACCCGUUCACUAUAAAGUUAUGCAAAAGUAGCCGUUAAGUAGUUGACUACUGGCUACCUUAAAACCUAUUGACUAUUAACUGAUCCAAAAGUAGCCUUUAAGUAGUUGACUACUGGCUUCCUUAACACCUAUUGACUAUAAACCCAUCCAAAAGAAGCCGUUAAGUAGUUAACUACUGGCUACCUUAAAACCUAUUGACUAUGAACUGAUCCAAAAGCAGCCGCUAAGUAGUUCAGUACUGGCUAUGUUAGGACUUUUUUUACUAUAAACCUCUCGGAAAGGAGCCGUUAAGUGUUCAGGUUAGUGGCUACCAAAAGGUCGGUAGAUGCAGUUAGUGGCUAUUCUAGGGUAAGUAAAUUUAUUUAAAAGUACAGAAGAGGAAAGUGGCUAAGAAAGAUGAACGUAUAUAGACAAAGAAUUUCACUAAAUUUGUUAUUAUAACAAUUCCCGCGUUGAACUGAUGAAGCGUCUUAACAUGCAGUGACAACAGUCCUAUUUCUGCGACAUAACCUUAGUAGCGAAAGAAGGGAACGAAUUUAAGGCCCAUAGAAAUGUGUUAUCGGCUGCGAGUCCGUUUUUUUCAAAGCUUCUUCAGAGCGAGAUGAAAGAGAAAGAGGAAGGAGUUAUUCGUUUCGAGGAGAUUUCGAAACCGAUCCUCUCAGAUGUUUUGGAGUUCAUCUAUACGGGAAGUGUCAAGAUAAAUGAAAAGAAUGCCAGGGAUCUAAUAAUCGCAGCCGACUAUUUACUGCUUGAGUCUUUGAAAAUCAUCUCUGGGCGAUUUCUAGAGGAGCAAAUGUCCACCUACAAUUGCAUUUCAACUUUUCUCUUUGCCGAGAGAUAUCGUUGUGAUGAACUUGUUCUUCGCAGUACAAAGUUCAUACAAGACAACUUCACUUCCGCAGCAAAGUCAGACGAAUUUUUAAACUUGGAAGCCGAAGAAGUUGAGAAGUGGAUUUCAAGUGAGAAUAUCUUGGUUGCAGCUGAAGAAGAUGUGUUCAGAAUCAUUCUUAACUGGAUAGAGCAAAAUAAACGCGAGCGAAAAGACAAGUUUGAGCGGCUUUUUCGUCAUGUUCGACUGGUCUUGCUUUCGCGUGACUUUCUAUUCUCUGAUAUCGUGACAAAUGAACUGGUAACAGAACAUUUUUCUAUUUUGAGGCGGGUCACGGAUGCCAUUAAGUCAGUUAGUGCUGCAACUGAGGAUGCUCAAAUUCAACCGGCGAGAAGAAGGCUUGAAACAGACGCCAUUGUAGUACGUGGAGGGAAGACAACUUACUGUUACCUUCCCGAGAAAGAUGAAUGGAAGCGAUUAGCAGACGGAUUAUCAGAAGACCGAAACCACACUACACAGUUAAUAAAAUUUCGUGAUCAGCUGUAUAGCUUUCCUGGGAGUAGAUAUGCAGAGACAGAAAGGUAUGAGCCCGCUUUCAACAGUUGGACUACUUUAAAGUUAUCCCUUCCUUUUGAGAAAGUCUCCUUGGCUGUCCUCAAUGGGAAAAUUCAUGCUAUAUACCGCGAUCAAUCCGCCCCCGUGAUUGAAAGAUAUGAUAUGGAGUUGUGCGCCUGGGAGACUCUGACAUCUUCUCAGGAUUUCCACUACCGUGAUAACUCUUGUGUUGUUGCUGUUGGAAACUGUUUGUAUGUUCUUGGCGGCGGAUAUAGUGAUAAAGCCGGCAGGUUUGAUACUGCGGAAAGGAAGUGGGAGGAAAUUGCAUCUAUGCAACCCAAGCUGAUGAUCAAUGCCUUUGGUGUGGCUACCCAAGGGAAGAUUUUUGUUUGUGAUUCUCAUACGUCCGUAUGUACAGUGUAUGAGGUUUCAAGAAAUGAGUGGCAACCCAUUGCAAGUAUCGACGCUACCCGAUUUCGUUUGUUUAGUUUGGUGUGUCUUAACGAAACAGUUUAUGUAGUGGGUAUUGCUAAACUGCCUAAACAGAAACACCUGAGAGGUCAUUCGUCACAGCCAGACGAGAUGAUUGUAGUUAAAAGCUAUGAUCCAAAGCUAGGCAAGUGGAUCCAGAAGACCUCCAUACCUAUCAACAAG